GCGCAGUGUCCGACAAUCAUUUUUCCCUUCUGCCAACAUCUCUCGUCUUCCCUUUGCAAUCACCAACCCACGAACACCUUUCCACCUCCACCUCCCGAUCAAACGGUUUUGGACACAAUAUAUCAGCGAGACACGAUCGAUUAACGAAGCAAAACGAGCUACACUUACGCCCUUACCAACACCGUCGCAAUGGAGACCGCGGAGGAGCCAAUGACGCCUUUUGGCACUUUCACUGCACAGAGCAACAAGCUCCAGAGACAAUACCAAGCACUCCUCGAUCAGUCGACGCCCUAUGUUACGUACCGAUGGGUUGGCACCGGUGUCGCCCUGUUUCUCUUCUUCGUGCGGGUGUUCGUGGCACAAGGCUGGUACAUUGUCGCCUAUGCCCUCGGCAUCUACCUUCUCAACCUCUUCCUCGCCUUCCUCACGCCCAAGUUCGACCCCUCGAGUGAUGCGCUCGACACGGAAAUGGAGGACGGCUCUGUCGGUACCCUCCCCACCAAGCAGGACGAGGAGUUCAGGCCCUUCAUCCGCCGCCUUCCCGAGUUCAAGUUCUGGCAUUCGGCCACCCGCGCUGUUGCCAUUUCCUUCCUCUGCAGCUGGUUCGAGAUCUUCAACAUUCCCGUGUUCUGGCCCGUGCUGGUUAUGUACUGGCUCAUGCUCUUCAUCCUCACCAUGCGCAAGCAAAUCCAGCACAUGAUCAAGUACCGCUACGUCCCCUUUACCAUUGGCAAGGCGCGGUACAACAAGAACAGCAACUAAGCAGUUGUGCUGUUGCCGAAGUUGAUUGAUGUUGCUGAGUGUCAGAUAGGGCAGCUAGUCUGUCUCUGGCCCUUUUGCGUUGUCCGGGGAGAGAAGGAAGUGUUUCGCGGGCCGAAUUUAGGUCAAACGCGGUAGAAAGAAAGACAAAACUUCUCAAUGUACUAAUGACGGGGGAAUGCGCCAUGUUGAUGGAGCAUUUAUGACGAUGAGCAACUAUCCUGUAUAUCUUUUUCAUAUAUACUAUUCUAAUCUGAUGCCUGGGCUGGGAUACGGGAUUGUUGGCCUUCUGAUAGUUGUCAUGACAGGCGAUGGAUGAACGAAUGGAUGGAUGGAUGCAAGAGGGGGUUCUGAACUAUCUCACACUUGAUUAGCAGUUUCACACACGCCAUGAGUGAAGAGAACGGACGGACGACAACAAAAAAAAACAUGGCGGUGUCUGGAAGCAGGCCAUACAGGAUAUCACUUAGAGAGCAAAAUGAUUGACCAUAAUGACAGCUGGAAUUG